AUGCCUCAGGAUGAAGUAGUGGGAUUAGAUUUGAUGUUUAAUAAGGGAUGGAAGACCAUUAUUGAAGAAGAGAAUGUUGGCAUCAUUGGUUUACAUGGGAUGGGUGGGGUAGGAAAGACUACCUUGUUAAAGAGAAUUAACAAUGAACUUAGGAAGAGGAGGCAAGAAUCUGAUUUUGUGGUGUGGGUGGUGGUGUUAAAAGAGCCCAACUUGGAUAGUAUUAUGGAUAAUAUUAGAAAAUUGGUUACGAUCGGGGAUUACAUUUGGAAUCGCUAUAGUAAUCAAGAUGAAAAAGCAGCAAAGAUUUAUAGGGUCCUCAAGCAAAAGAAAUUUGCCUUAUUAUUGGAUGACAUGUGGGAUGAAAAGGACUUGAGCUUGGUGGGAGUGCCACGUCCAACCCAAAGUGUUAUUCACAACUCGGUCAAAAAACGUGUGCGCAAAAAUGCAAGCUAA